AUGAGCUUCUCCAGAAGAUCAAAUGUCCCUAUAACAGGAGGACUUAAUCGCCUGGUGGAGUUUGCAGACCCCGCAGCCUUUCUCCCAUUCGGCAGAAAGCUCCUUGCUUCUCACAGCAGCUCCCCCCUCUCAGGGUCCCACGAUCUACCAGGAUCAGCCAGGGAUCUACUGGUAGAUCAUGAUCUACUGGUUGGAGAUGCCUGAUAUACAGCUACUAAACCUGCCAACAUGUCUGACAACGAAGAAGUGGAGCAAGUAGAGGAGGAAUACGAAGAAGAAGAGGAAGCACAAGAAGAAGAAGAAGCUCAGGAAGAAGUUCAUGAACCAGUCCAUGAACCAGUUCAUGAGCCAGAAGUCCAAGAAGAGAAGAAGCCCAGAGUUGUACCACCGCUGACUGCUCCUAAAAUCCCAGAGGGGGAGAAAGUAGACUUUGAUGACAUCCAAAAGAAGAGGCAGAACAAAGACUUGAUUGAGCUUCAAGCCUUGAUUGAUAGCCACUUUGAAGCUCGGAAGAAGGAAGAAGAGGAAAUCCUAGCCCUUAAAGAAAGAAUUGAGAAACGUAGAGCGGAAAGGGCUGAACAGCAAAGAAUCCGGGCUGAAAAGGAAAAGGAGCGUCAGGCCAGGCUUGCUGAGGAGAAGGCAAGAAGAGAGGAGGAAGAUGCCAAGAGAAGGGCUGAGGAUGACAUGAAGAAGAAGAAGGCUCUGUCCUCCAUGGGUGCCACAUACAGCAGCUAUUUGGCUAAGGCUGAUCAAAAGAGAGGAAAGAAACAAACUGCAAGAGAGUUGAAGAAGAAGGUCCUGGCAGAGAGGCGCAAACCUCUAAACAUUGACCAUCUUAGUGAGGACAAGCUGAGGGAAAAAGCCAAGGAGAUGUGGGACUGGUUAUAUCAGUUGGAAACGGAGAAGUAUGAGUAUUUAGAGAAGAUCAAGAGACAGAAAUAUGAUAUUUUAUCACUACGUUGCAGGGUGGAGGCACUGUCCAAGUUAUCACCACCCUCAGGAACCGGAUUGAUCAGGCCCAGAAGCACAGCAAGAAGGCCGGAGCCAAGGGCAAAGUUGGAGGGCGCUGGAAGUAAAGUUCCGGAAGGUGCCUGCAGGCAGAAUCUUCAGCGGUGGCAUGGCUAAAGAUCGCUGGCCUCCCCUUUCCUCUUUAAACACAAAUUCCGUUCCCUCGCCUGAGCAAAACCAUAGUUGCAACAUCAGCCUGGAUUGCCUACUGCUUAUUUCAAGGGCUCCCACAUCUUCCAGAGCCAGUGCCCUGGAACGGAGAUGACUCCCUGCUGACACCUCCUACGACCUGCUGUGUGUGUCCUUUUAUUUCCCCAAUCCCAGCCCUACACUGACUGCCCAGUAGAUUGCAGUGUAUGAAUCACUUGGUUUUGUAAAUAAAGUGUGACCGAUAAUGUACUUCAGCCA